CGAGCCACGAAGCUGUCGCUCCCUUCUAAAUAGACGCUAAUCUGACAUUAUUUAAUGAGUUUUCAGGUGUUUCAACAUUUACAGCAGCUGCUGAUGUUGUCUGUUUCGUCACGUUAACGUCACCUGAGCGGUUAUUCGACGGGUCGGAUCAGCUUAGCGCUUAACCUCACCGAGCUAAAUGACACGCUCCAAGAUUUGCAGGCAGGUUUGUUCCAGGCUGUUCGCUCUUCAUCAGAUGUAAUGUGAGUAGUGAACAGACAGUGUGAUCUCCUGCUGACGAUGUCAUGCUGUUUUCACUUUUAGACAGUGAUGACGUCAUUCUGUGUUUGUAGGAGGCGUCUGUCCUGUCCCUUUGUCAGAAGGCGAUGCUGUGACAUCAUACCGCCAAGGCGUCCAAUGACAGCGCUCGGAUCAUGGCUGCGCGUGGGGCACCACCACACAGGUCCGACCAAUGAGGAGGAAGGACAACCAUGACGGAAAGGGACAGGGCGGGACGGCGGAGCAGGGGGGGAGGAGAUGGGACAGGGGGGAGACGGUGGUGAGACAGGUCAGCAGGGUGGAGACGGGUGGUGCGUCUCCGCUGCCUGUCUUCCUGUUCCCCUCUGAGCUGGUGUUUCACCCUGAACAGAGAAGCUCCCACAGGAGAGUCUUAACUGUGUACAACCCCUACAGCUUCAGCCUGAGCUUCAAGAUGUUGUGUACAGCUCCCUCUCUCUACAGAGUGGUGGAGGCAGAGGGGAACGUCCGAGCGAAAUCCUGUAUUGAUCUGGUCGUGCGUCACCUGGACGUCUCCCCUCGUAACUGGGGCCGCAGGGACCGGUUCCGCCUGGAGGUGAGAGGAGGAGGCCAGGUGGGAGGACGGGAGAUCUGGGCCGAGCUGAGGGGAGGAGGAGCGGGCAGCGAGGAAGAAGAGGAGGAGGAGAGCAGGAGGAAACGAGGAGGGGAGGAGAGGAGGACGCAAGGCCAGCAGAGGGCAUUGUCUGCUCCGACUCCUCUGUCUCCUCUGCUGGUGCCCACACGAACACACCUGCAGCUGUCUACCUGCACAGCUGUGCGCGGUGUGUCUCAGUGGGUGGUGUGUGCGGUGGUGGCGGUGCUAUGUGUCACAGUGUUGAUGCUCCCCCUCCACACUGACAGUGGCUCUGUGGUUCCACACUGCCUGCACGUCUCCACCAAUCAGAAGCUGGUCUGCGCUUAUAUACUGGGUCUUCUCACCAUGGUGUUUCUACGGUAACUGGUGACGUCAUGCCAUCACCCCCUCUGCUCGAGUGACAGCUGUUUUCCAGCACUAUGGCAACCAUGGACCCUGGUGACCUUUGACCUCCACAUCAGAUACACACACACACACACGGACUGUCUCCAUGACCUCAUGAAUGUUGUCUAACUGAGACUUAAUUGACUUAACGAGCAGGUUCAUUAGCAGGUUAGUAUUGAACUGACUAAGGGACUGCAGCAGGAGAUGAAACUUUAUUUAAACUGCAAACACACACAGUCUCAUGACCUGAGGAGUGAUGGGCUGAAUCCGUGGACCCUGAAAUCUGGUCUCAGGAUCAGUCUGAGUUGAUUAAAGGGACACAGUGAAA